UCAGCAUGCGCGCUUCUCUAUCCUCAGGCUUGUCAAAGAACUUGCUUACAUGAUUUUAUGCUCCUGGGGCUGGGUUUCCAGGAUCUGAAGAUGCCAGACUUUUGCGCUGCAUACGGGUGUAGUAAUGAGCGAACAAAGAAAUUAAAGGAUAAAGGCAUAACAUUUCAUAGAUUUCCAAGCGAUGUCAAGAGACGACAGGCAUGGACGCUGGCUCUAAGGAGAGACAAGUUUGAGCCAAAACCAAGAUCUUUACUCUGUAGCUGCCAUUUUCGCCCCGAGGAUUUCGACAGAACUGGGCAGACAGUACGACUAAGGGAUGGAGUGAUCCCAUCUAUUUUCAAUUUCUCAAAUCAGCAUUCCAAGCUGCCUAGUUCUAGCACAAGCAAGACCUCAAAAAAGGCUGCUGAACAGAGUCCACCACCAAAGCCUCACACACCUACAACCAAGCCAGAUCCAUUGGAGUCAUCAGACUCGCUGCCUAGUUCUAGCUCAAGAAGGAGCUCAAAAAAGGCAGUUGAACAGAGUCCACCACCAAAGCCCCAAACACCUGCAAGCAAGCCAGAUCCAUUGGAGUCAUCAGACUCUCUGCCUAGUUCUAGCUCAAGAAGGAGCUCAAAAAAGGCAGCUGAACAGAGUCCACCACCAAAACCCCACACACCUGCGACCAAGACAGAUCCAUUGGAGUCAGACUCACUGCCUUGUUCUAGCUCAAGCAAGACCUCAAAAAAGGCUGCUGAACAGAGUCCACCACCAAAGCCUCACACACCUGCGACCGAGCCAGAUCCAUUGGAGUCAUCAGACUCUGAUCACCCAUACGCCCUCAAUCCUGUAAAAGCUAAGAAGAAGUUAACUGAGUCUCAGGAGCAAGUUGACAAGUUAAGGCGGGAACUGAGAAAUGCCAGGGACAGAGAGAGAAGACAAAAGAAGACUAUGAGAUCCUUAUUGGAGGAUUUAAAGAAGAAAAACAUGCUAACGGAGGAACUUCAGGAACAGCUGGAUUUUUAUUCUGGCCUAAUCGGAGAGAAUGCCGAGAGUGAAGAGGAGAGAGCUGGAAACGUACCUCAUUUACAGGCCAAAAAGAAAAGAAGAAACAGGAAUAGUUUCAUCUGCACUGAGUGUGGAAAGACUUUGGCAUCCAUUAACAGUCUUAAGACUCACAUGAUGAUCCACACCGGAGAGAAACCCUUCACAUGUGAUCAGUGUGGGAAGAGUUUCAGACAACCAUCAGAUCAUAAACAACACAUGAUGACCCACACCGGAGAGAAACCAUUUAAAUGUGAUUUGUGUGACAAAGCAUUUGCGUCCGCUACAAACCUAAAGCUCCACCUCAGAGUUCAUACAAAGGAGAAGCCGUAUUCAUGCUCUUUAUGCGGGAAGUGUUUUUCACAGCGCUCCAGUUUAAAAACACAUCAGAAGAUCCACACCGGUGUAAAGGAGCACGUGUGCCUUGAGUGUGGGAAGUCUUUUUUUACAAGUCAAAAUCUGAAAAAGCACCAGAGGAUCCACACCGGAGAGAAACCGUACAAGUGUUCAUACUGCGAAAAGGGAUUCAGCCAAUUGGAUCUCAUGAAAGCGCACGAGAGGAUUCACAAUGGAGAGAACCUUACGAGUGUUCACACUGUAGCGAGAGAUUUAAUGAGUUAAACAACUUGAAAAUGCAUGAGAGGGUCCACACUGGAGAGAAACCAUACAUGUGUAAUCUUUGCGGAAAAGGUUUCGCGCAGUUAUCAAAUCUUAAAAAACACACAAGCGCAUUCACACAGGAGAAGAAAUGUACUAAUUCAGUACAGUUUCAAAAGGCAUGAAAAUCCUCAACUUUACAUGUGAUAAGAUCAAUACAGCAAAACAUUUCAAGUGUUUAGUUUCUGUCAGAAAGAUAAAGUGGAAAGUCCAUUUAUCAUGCGUAUUUGCUCAUUUUUGUCAAUAAAUUUCUUAACGCUGAGGCU